CCCCCUCAUUGGAUGAGCCGCAAAGUGUUCCCAUCGAGCUCUGAAAUCCUUCGUUUUCAAUUCCAUUUCAAGCGAAACCUGCUCCUCCUGAUUCGUAGGUUGCUUCUCGGGGCAGUCGUGUUUUUUGUCUCCAAGUAGGUUGAUUGUGUCGACAUGGUUUGCCACGGAUACCCGUUGAUCGGAAGACUCUACGAGCUGCACGAGAAGAUCUGCAGCCUCGACAGCCUCAACCCAUGCAAAGAUGUCGACACCCUCUUCACGCAGCUCGUCCUCACGUGCAUGCCCCCCACCCACAACCACAUCGAUGUCACCACGUUAUGCAAGAAGGCUCAACAAAUGAGGUCAGACCUCAUAAGGCUGGGUGGCGAAGCAGAGGGCCUCUUGGAGAGUCAUUUCGCGACGAUCCUGGGGUCUUUCGAUCGCCCAAUUGAGAAACUUGAGAUCUUCCCUUACUAUGGGAAUUAUCUCAAAUUGGCCCAACUCGAGUUCACCCUCUUGACCCAACACUGUACUCAUGUCCCCAACAAGGUUGCCUUCGUGGGUUCUGGCCCCCUCCCUCUCUCCUCGAUAGUCCUGGCCUUGAAUCACUUGACAACCACCUCGUUCCACAACUACGACAUGGACCCCUUGGCUAAUUCCAAAGCGGCUCGGUUGAUCUCGUCCGACCCGGAUUUGUCCAAGAGGGUGUUGUUCCACACUUGCGAUGUUCUCAAAGUCACUGAAGAGUUGAAGGAGUACGAUGUCGUAUUUCUCGCCGCGCUUGUGGGCAUGGACAAGGAGGAGAAGGCCAGGGCGAUCGAGCACUUGGGGAGGUACAUGAAAAGUGGGGCUAUUUUGAUGGUGAGGAGCGCGCAUGGCGCUAGGGUUUUUCUGUAUCCGGUGGUGGAUGUUCAAAGUGAUCUUGGAGGGUUCGAGGUUCUUUCGGUGUUUCACCCCAAGGAUGAGGUUAUCAAUUCAGUUAUUGUAGCGCGCAAGUGUUGAUCAUAAAUCACGACACAUGCCUGCACAAGUCGCACGAAGAGUCAUUGGAACCGACCACUGAGAGGAGCAAAAUUUGAGG